GGGGAGCGCGGCACGUGACCCCGGAGGAGGGCGGGGAUUGGCCGGCUCCUGGCAGCGGUGUGAUCUCCGUCUUGUCUCAGCAUCCUCCGGGCGGAUAGCGGGCCCCUGGAUACAGAGCACCCCCGGGGCCCCCACCCCACAGACACCACCGCCGCCCCCAUCAUCCUCCUCAGUGCGGAGCUCGGCUGCCCUCCCCUCUCCGGCCUCCUGAGGAGAUUGAGGAAUGAGAGUGUGCCACCAUGAUGGAAGGACUGAAAAAACGUACAAGGAAAGCGUUUGGUAUACGGAAGAAAGAAAAGGACACUGAUUCCACGGGAUCACCAGACCGAGACCCCGGUGUAAGUAAAGACCUUUUAUCUCCUUUUGUCCUAUUGUCAUUUGUUGUUCAUCUUUGGGUUACGAAAGAGCUGCUGUAUCUUCUUUGUCACUCUCUGACUAGGUGUGUCUUCUCUCUUCCCUUGUGCUGGCCGCAGAGACGUAGUCCGGGAACAAUUAAAAGAAACUUGUCAAGUGAAGAGAUUGCUAGGCCGAGGCGUUCAACUCCCACAGCCGAACUUGCAAGUAAGAAGACGCCAGCUGAAUUAUUUGGGCCUCCUCUGGAAUCUGCCUUUGAGGAAUCCAAAUCUGAAGUUCCUCUAGAUCAGCCUGAGAUAUGGGGCGCUUCACAACUAGAUACUGCAGAAUCCCCACAGCUGUCAAGGCCAUUCCCCACAGGAACACCUCCACCUAUUCCACCCAAAAAUAUUCCGGCCACUCCACCCAGAACGGCAUCGCCAUUGCCAGCAGACAUAGAUCAAGCUACAGUUUCAGAAGUUGAAGUGAGAGAACCAGAUGACGGAGAUGAAGAACUUUCACCGGUGAAUGAUUUGGACAGUAUUUUUGGCCCUGUACUAUCCCCCAGGUCUGUGGCUGUCACCUCCGAAGAUAAAUGGGUCAGGUUUUCUGACGCUUCCCCACAAUCGAUCUCUCCCGUCCCCGCUCCUUGUAUAAUGGCUAAGUCCCCUUCAGCUGAAGAACCCGAAAGCCCAUGUGAACCUUCUUCGCCGCCACCACCUCCCCCUGUAGAAAUCUGUCGAAAUAUUCCUUCCCCGCUCAACCUGGAAGAGGUCCACAAGAUAAUAGCAGAACAGUCAUUCGUUAAAGAUGAAGUAUUAGAAACAACAGCGUCUCCUAAAGAUUUUGGGUUGGGACAAAGAGCUACACCGCCGCCUCCUCCGCCCCCCACAUACAGGACUGUGGUGUCUUCUCCUGGGCCAAGUUCAAGUAGCGGCACUGGAAGCGCAAGUGGGACAUCAUCUCCUGCCCGCCCUGCAACUCCUCUCGCCACCUGCAGUCCGACCCCUCCUCCACCACCUCCUCGCCCACCAUCUCGGCCUAAACUUCCUCCUGGAAAACCUACAGUUACAGAUGUGUCACGGCCAUUCAGUCCCCCUGUUCACUCCUCCAGUCCACCUCCGGUCGCCCCUCUAGCCCGAGCUGAGAGCACCUCAUCUAUUUCCUCAGCCACGUCUCUGAGUGCAGCCACCACACCGACAGUUGAAGGUGAUGCUUUUGCUGACAAACGGUCCCAGUUUGACAGACAUGACACGCCUACAGAGAAUGAACAGCCUUCCCUCAUUUGGUUUGACAGAGGAAAGUUUUAUUUGACCUUUGAAGGAUCCUCCCGAGGGCCCAGCCCCCUGACCAUGGGGGCCCAGGACACCCUGCCUGUGGCAGCCGCCUUCACUGAGACGGUCAAUGCUUAUUUCAAAGGAGCCGAUCCGAACAAAUGUAUAGUGAAAAUCACUGGUGAAAUGGUUUUGUCCUUCCCGGCUGGUAUCACCCGGCAUUUCUCAAACAAUCCGACGCCUGUGCCCCUGACAUUCCGGAUUACCAACUACAGCCGAUUAGAACACGUGUUGCCAAACCCACAGCUCUUGUGCUGCGACAACACACAGGCAACUCCGAAUGCAAAGGAAUUCUGGGUAAACAUGCCAAACCUAAUGACCCAUCUGAAGAAAGUAUCGGAGCAAAAACCGCAAGCCACCUAUUACAAUGUAGACAUGCUGAAAUAUCAGGUAUCCUCCCAGGGCCUUCAGUCCACUCCUCUGAACCUCGCUGUAAACUGGAGGUGUGACCCCACCAGCACAGACCUCCGGAUAGAUUACAUGUACAACCCUGAGGCCAUGACCACCCCUGUAGCAUUAAACAAUGUCCAGUUUGUCAUCCCUAUAGAUGGAGGAGUAACAAAGCUCCAGGCUGUACUGCCUCCUGCUGCCUGGAGUGCUGAACAACAGAGGAUAUUAUGGAAAAUUCCAGAUAUUUCACAGAAAUCUGAAAAUGGAGGGGUCGGGUCACUGCUCGCAAGAUUCCAGCUGUCUGAAGGCCCAAGUAAACCGGCUCCAUUAGUCCUACAAUUCACUAGCGAAGGGUCGACAUUGUCCGGCUGUGACAUCGAGCUGGUCGGAGGAGGAUAUCGCUUCUCUCUUAUUAAAAAGAGGUUUGCCGCAGGGAAGUACUUGGCUGACGCCUAAUAGAAGACCGCCCACGAGGAGCAACAAUCCCCUGAUUGAAUUUUAAAUCAAAGCUAAACGAACAUGAACUCGUAUUGGGAACCUGGGGAACUUCUGCCGGAGGCUCUGUCGGUGACAGACAGAUCAGUUUUUUUUUUCCCCUCAGAAAACCUUCGUGUUGCCCCACCCUGCAGUAUUUAUUUCUAGGUGUAAUAUUGUUGAUGGUUUUAAACUUGUAAUUAUCGUAUUUGUAAAUUGUAUUUAAUUCCGUAAGGCUGUAUUUUGGCAGUUAGACUCUCGUAUCAGCAUUUUACCAUGGAUUAAAUGGGUGUAAUUUAAACGGUUAUAUAAAAAAAACUAAAAAAAAAACAUUUAGUAGUACUGUUGAAUGGCACACUGCUUCUGGAGAUAGAUUUUUGUGUAUAUAUAGAACUAAAUCUAUAAUAUCCGUAGUGGUUAUAGGGGUGCCUCUGAUUCAAACAGUGUCUUUUUGAAUCUUUGUCUAUGCACAUGACGGCGAUCUCCAAACCAACAGUGUUUGGACAUGACAUUUGCAUGACAGUAGAGGAGUAGCUACAGGAAAGAAAAAAAGAGAAUCAAAGCAAAGGUUUGUGAAUUAAUCAAUAAAGCUUUCAGAUACAAAAAAAAGGGGGCCGGUA